AACAUUAUUUUGCCUGGGACUCUGAAUCGCCUGGUGCAAAUUAACGAGGAUUCGGGCACAUUCCAUUUUACUUAUAAUAUACUUUCUUUUUCUAACACCGAAUGCUCGCUGUGAUUGAAGAACAUCUAUAUAUGCGAUGAGUAACUCGCAUGACGCUAUAUUACACGUUAAAGUAUCUUUAACACGCAAAUGCACCAUCAGUCUUUCCAUAUUCUAGAAAGAUAUUUGAAUAAGAUGAAAGUUCAGGAAUACAAGGACUCUCUUAAGACAAAGGCGGAGCAACUUAUAAUAAAAGGGUUUCCAGAAAAGAUUGUGAAACUCAAUGAGAUUUUGGAAACACCCGGUUUUUCAAGAGGCGAUUUAUCCGAUGUCCAUCAAGAUUUGAAUGUGCCUAUUCCAGAUCCAAUAGUACUUAAUCAUUCUGAAGAUGAACCCAGGCCAAAGAAAAAGAAGUUGGAUAACUGCGUGGAAGAGGCCAGUGGGACAAAAGUAAUGAUACUUCCAAACGGACCAGUACCUUGCAACAAACCCCUGUCUGAAUUGAUCCACAUUGUCAAGCCAUACAUUAGACAACUUUUGGAAGAUUCUAAUUUGUUAAAAAUGUGGAUUUCCUUCAUGAUUCCAAAAAUUGAAGAUGGAAACAAUUUUGGAGUAUCCAUUCAAGAAGAUACUCUUGCUGAAAUUCAAUCAGUCGAAAGUGAAGCAGCAUCUUUCUUCGAUCAAAUAUCAAGGUACUUUAUAUCCCGAGGUAAGAUACUGAGCAAAGUUGCGAAAUAUCCACACAUUAUUGACUACAGACGAGCUGUCCAGGAAUUGGACGAGAAGGAGUAUGUUAGUUUGUGUCUUGUGAUGUGCGAGGUGCGCAAUCGUUACUGUUCGUUGCACGAUAUAGUUAUAAAGAACUUGGAGAAGAUAAAACGACCGCGACCAUCUAAUGCCACCGAAUCUUUAUACUAAACAAAUGAAAAUGGCCCUCGUACGUCAAUGCUAGGUGUGUGUAAGUGAGUAAGUGUAAAUGCAGGGAAAAAUAUCAUAUGUUAAGAAGCCACAAAAAGUAAAUUGAAAAUAAAUAAACUGCUGAAGAAAUAAAGUAAUCAAGAGAUACAGUAAUGGCUUGCCUCUAUAUGGAUAAUCAUAAAAAUAAAUAUGUGGUUAGGGUACGCUUUAUUAUUUAUAAUCAAGUGUACUCUAAUCAAACAUAACUUUUAAUAAUUACAUUACAACAAAACCAUAGUCAAUUUAACUGCGGUCAAGUCACAGCAGCACUUACGAUAUUUGUGAAGGAUAAUUGCACUAUCACGACGAUCUAUAGGACCUGCGAAAAAUCUAUGCUGGGCAUGUAACAAAAGUUAAACAGGCUUAAAUCCUUAUCUCUGUGAACAAUGAGAUCUGUCUGAUCUCUUAAACCAACCACUUAUUGGAUGCAAGAAACAAUCGAUCUGAGUUGGAUGUCAACUAGCAUCCUUCCCUUUGGCAUAACAUUAUGUGGAGCUGUACAGUAACGCACUCAUCUCAUAAUAAAAAUAUAAUAAACAUU